GCCUUUUGUUUUAUCCACUGAUAUGCCACCUCGGUUUUUUUUCAUUACUAUCCCCCAGCUUCGAAUCAAGGCUUCGAACAUUCUUUACGCUAUUGCUCUCUAAUGGCGUCUGCGAGCCUUUUAGCUGGCCAGGUUCCGAACAUACUUUACGCUAGAAGUCGAAGAAACCCUAGCUUCCGUUCUUCUUCACUCUGUCAUAGUUUCAACAUAAAAAGUAAUGAAAGUAUUGAACAGUCAUUUUCUUGGUCAUAUAUCAGAAAGGCCCAUCGGAGGAAAUCUCUUCAACUAUAUGGUUUAUUUGGUGGAAAAAAGGAUAAGAGUGAAAAUACUGAUGACGUGCCAUCGAAGGCAGGGAUUCUAGGUAAUAUGCAAAAUUUGUAUGAGACUGUUAAGAAGGCCCAAAUGGUAGUUCAGGUUGAAGCUGUCCGUGUUCAGCAAGAACUUGCUGCGGAAGAGUUUGAUGGUUAUUGUGAGGGUGAGCUAGUCAAGGUAACACUUUCAGGCAAUCAACAACCAGUACGCACUGAAAUCACUGAGGCUGCAAUGGAAUUAGGUGCUGAAAAGGUAGCUUUGCUGGUAACUGAAGCAUACAAGGAUGCACAUCAGAAAAGCAUUCAGGCUGUGAAAGAGAGAAUGGGAAAUCUUGCCCAGAGUCUCGGAAUGCCACCAGGCCUUGGUGAUGUAUUCAAACAAUAAGGAUUCUAUGCAAGCUCAAUUUUGUACAGUAGCUGAUACAGCUCUGUUCAUUGCCACUCUUGUAAUUUCUUUCUUCCUUCCUUUUAGAAACAUCAAAACUCUUAAUUAUAAAUUCAAUAAUUUUUAUUCAGCCCAACUUUACUCGAUUGAUAUAUCUAUCUUAAUUGAUUUAUAGCAAUAUGGAUAUUAUUUUUUUAUG